AAAAAAAGGUCGCGGUACAAAACCACGCCGGACCCCCCCCAAACUGACCAACCAGCGCCCGCCAAAGCAUCCCAGCCACCGACCAUCAAAAGGCCACCCUCCCCGGCUCGAGUUUUUCCACCUCCGAGCAACGCUCUCUGGCAAGGCUAGCAACCCCAAGCCUAUAAUUCUCAGCCUUUACCCCGGCCGACUUUUUUCGCCAGACUGUGAGUGGUUGCCAAUUUUCUCCUUCGCUUUUUAUCUUUUGGGGUUCGCGAUCCAACGCGUGUGCACGUCCCCAUCCACCUUGCCCACUCCCCGCCGCGUGCCCAAUCGUGUGUCUUCCACCAUCCACGUCGUCGUCGACAUUUCGCCGUCGCAAUUUGGACAACCAAUCAGCUCCAAUACAAUAAACCAUUCCAUUUAUUUCAUCAAACGACUUGUCUCUCGACUUGUCCCCCGACGCGCCGCUUCGAUACACUUUGACUCGGCCAUGCGUUGCUAAUUCAAGGACUCCUUGACCUAGCCAAUUUCAUGUCGCGUCGUUCCUGAAUCCAGAAAUCCCCAAAUCCCGAAUGGCAGUUAUGGCCACUCAGCAAUCAGAAGGCGCGGUUGUUGGCGAAAAGCCUGUCGCCAGCUCGCUGGAGCUCGAGAAGGAUGCGCGCAAUGGCGGCGCCGAAGUGAAUGGCCACACUUCCCCCGAAGCCCCAAACCACACCGAAAAGGACGAGACCGACUCCAAACAAAGCCACAACCAAGAAGCUUUCUCAACAAACAGUGCAUUGAAAAGCGAGUCGGCCGAUGCGAGUGACAAACCAAUCCCAGACGUUCCCACAGAUGCAAAGGAGGCGCCCAAGGACGCCGAGCCCGUAAAGAUGGACGUCGCGACUCCACCCGACACAGAAAUGCCGGAUGCACCACCAAGUCCGGCUGCCGAGGUGAAGCAAGCCGAGACACAAAUCGAGCUUCCAGCCGAAGUCGCUCCCGACACACAAUCUCCGGGUCCAUCGAAAGAAGACCAGCCAGCCAAGCCGCCCACGCCUGACGCCCUGAUCACAUCUGACGCAAAGAACGAGGCUCCGACCAAAGCCAUGUCCACUUCGGUAUCUCCCAUGACCAAGACGGCCCCUACCCCCCCAGCUACCGAUAAGGAGGAAGAUGUGGUGAUGGCAGAUGCGCAGGUGACCGCCGAGAGCACUCAAGAGACGCCUGUUUUCGCAACUGUCCCGGACGUGAAGCCGAGCAUCGAGAAGGAUCUAGUUCCAGCGUCGCCCUCCAAGGGAUCUCCAAGCGCGACGGCCGAUACCAGCAUGUCUGACCUGGCUGCGUCUGCCAAGGUGUCGCGUGAACGGGAUAUCGACAGUGAGGAUGAACCAGUUGCCAAGCGCACCAAGGUUGACCAUUCCAUCGAGGCCAAGAACAAUGUCAACCCCCAAGAUCGCAUGGAUGUCGACCGCCAGUCAGCUCCCCGGGCCACACCUGCGCAGGCUGCGAACGGAAGACCUAAGUAUCUCAAUGACGAUUCCCUCAACGACAAUCCCAUCACAGAUUGGCAGAACCGGCAAAUUCGUCAAGUUCUUGCAGGUGUCAAAAAAACCAAGGUGGGCGGCAACUUUCGGCAAUCGGUUCAGCAUCUGUGGCCUAUGCUCUGGCCUGAUUACUCGGCACGGAUUGCCAAUCCUAUUGAUAUUUCGGCCAUGGAGAGACGCUUGCGUGGGGACGGGCAGAGCUACAAGAAUCUUGGCGAGUUCAAACGGGACUUGAAUCUGUUGGUGGAUAACGCCGUCAGCUUCAACGGCGAGGCUCACGAAGUGACUGUCCAAGCCAAGGGCUGCCGUUCUGCUAUUCUCGACCGUCUCUCGAAGGUCCCUGCCGCUGAACCUGCCCGCCCCGACAAGAAGGACAGCAUCAAGCAUCACAAUAUCCGCCAUGCCGAACCCCGCUCUGCCGUCCACCAGUCUUCCACCGCCACGCCCCGUCCCCCAAAACCGGCGGCCCCAGCCCCCAAGCCCGCUGUCGAGAACCCUGCUUUUGCCAUCCCUCCCGGCAACAACGGUAUGCCGCUCAUUCGGCGCGACUCGACCAAGGUUGACAGCCGCGCCAAGCGCCCCGUCAAGCCACCUCAGCCAAGAGAUGUCUUUACUGACAAGCGCAAGAAGAAGCUCCCCCCCGAGCUUCGGUUCUGCGAUGAAGUUCUCACCGAGCUGAGGAAGACCAAGUAUUAUGAUUGCAACGGCGCCUUCCUUCAACCCGUCGACGUCGUCGCUCUGCAAAUCCCCACAUAUUACAAGGUGGUCAAGAAGCCCAUGGACCUUUCCACCAUGGCCAACAAGCUGCAUUCUGGCGAGUACGCUUCGGCCAAGGACGUUGAACGAGACUUUGACCUGAUCGUUAAGAACGCCAAGGCCUUCAAUGGAGACGACCAUCCCGUCACCAUUGCCGGCUACAAGCUGCAGAGUCUCUUUCGCGCCGAGAUGAACCGAAAGGAUGAGUGGCUCGCCCGCAACGCCCCUCCCGAGGUGAUCAACACAGCCAGCCCACGGAUCAAAGACGAGUCCGACGAUGAGCCCUCGGACACGGAACCGGAGCCAGAGCAAUCCGAGGAGAUCACUAAGGCCCAAACCAAGAUCACCAGCAUCCAGAAACGACUCGAUGACGAGCAAAAGAAGCUGUCCGAGAUGAUCAACACUGGAUCGGCAAGCGAAGAGGAUGUUGACAUUUCUCACUCCAUCAUCAGCACUUUGCAGAAGCAACUGAUCCGAGAGAGGAACAACCUCAAAGAGCUGACUGCCGCCGUCAAACCGGCAAAGCCAAACAAGCCUGCC